AUGGCAGCCGGCCAGAAAGCCGCCGAAGCGGCGCCGACCUCGCUAGAUUUCCCCCUGCAUCUAGACAUCGGUAGAGGACACACGGCCAAGUUCGAAGAGCACGACUACGCCGUUCUGACAAACCCUAUGCUAGAGUUUAACGCCCGUUGCUUCGGACUCGGUCUCAAGACCUCGAUCCGGCACGCCGACCCGCAGACAGUGAAGGAGUGGCACCGCGACGAGGCGAUCCGCGUGCUGAAGUUUUUCCGGACCGCUGUUCUGGCCGAGCUGCGGCGCGAGGGUAGGAAAUGGGAGUGGGCGAAGCCGUCCGAAGACGAGGUGCAGGAGAGGCUCGCCGACUGCGACGAACCCCUUCGAGAUAAAAUUCCCGAUACCGUCCGGGACUCGGACGCGGGCUCCGGCCUGCUAGCAAUGAGCGCGUUGAUCUGGGUUGUGAGGCGGUUCCAGCGCCUGACCGGCGACCUCCGUCGCAUUGCCACCAGCAUGGACAAGCCCACCGUCUCGGGGUUGAAGGCGCUGCGGAACGAGAUGGUAGCCCUCAUCAAGAAGCAAGUCCCGCUCAUACGGUCGGGGAAAACCGUUGUUGCUGCCGACGCCUGUGACGACGACGGCGAGGAAGUCCAUUCUGCAUCCGUAGCAGUAGGGGUCGCCCCGAACGUCGCUGAUGCGCGUGGCAAGUCGGGAGUCGGCGUCGACGAGGCCGAUGCGGCCGCAGGAAAGGGGGUGACCGGGACUGAGGUUGUUCACGGGGAUGAUGAUGGGGUCCAGGAUCGCGAGGAACGUGAGGGUGAGGGGGGCUCGGAGGAGUCGUCGGGGUCGAGGUCGGGGUCGGGAUCGGGGUCGGGCUCGGAGUCGGAGUCGGAGGAGGAGCAGGAGCAGGAGACGCAGGAGCACGAGAGGCAGCACCAGGAGGAGCAGUUGGUAGAGGUGGAGGACGUGGAAAUGGCGGAGGGGUACGUUGUCGGAGGAGCGGAGGAAACGGGUGGGAGAUCGGCGGAUGUCGAGAACGACGAAGGGGAGGGGAAGGGUGCGACAGCGAAUAUCGGCGAGGUCGGCGUGGAGGCGGCUCACGGAGGUGGUGGCAUGGUCGAGGUCGGUGAAGGGGAUAACGCCGCGGUCCCGGAGCAGAGGGGCGUGGAUGUGCAUACCGAUGCCACCGCGGAGAAGGCCGGCGGGGAGCGGUCUAGGAGGAAGAAGGCGGCGAGCGGUCAUCCCGGUUCCACCGCGGCUGGGCGGCAGGCGCGGCUGGACGUCGUCGAUCAGCUGAGGGCGGAGAACAGGCGAUUGCGUGCAGACAAUGCACUCCUUGAACGGCGGCUCGGUGAGCAGACGGGGCGGGUCGACAGCUUGGCGGCGUAUGCUCGGCGUGGGUCGUCGCCGUCGGCAAACGACGCCGGCCAAGCGCAACCUACGGAGGGCUUGAAGCUGGACGAUUCGGCGGGCGCGAGGCGGACCAAGGGAGCGGCUGGUUCUCGCGUCGCCGGCGAUGGGAGCAUGGGAGCCGGCGACGGCAGUUCGUUGAAGCAGUCGGGGAAGAGCGUGGUCGACAUCCUCAGGAAGCACUGGGCUCAGGUUGGAGCGGCCAGCACGGGCCAUGGUGGUGGGGGUCCCGCCGACGAGCAUGCCACUGAUGACGCACUGCCAAUGGCUCCGCCUUCGGUCGGCGUUAAGCCACCACGACAGGGUAGCGGUGUGAAAGGCCUGCGCGACAAGGGGAAGGCCGCCGCCAAAACGGCCCCAGGCGGGUCCGCGAAAGCUGGCCAGGGCCCGAAGACAGGGGUUGCGGAGGCGUCAGCGGUUCCUCACCAGUCUCCCGCGGGUGCACGCCAUCCGACCGGACCGUCUGCCGGGCGACCUACCGACGUCCCGCGCCAUGCCGACGUACCGUCUGCCGACAAGGUUGGCCGCGCGGGAAAAGGGGCGGCAGUUGCGGACGCGCUCAAGGAGCAGCUCAGGCUCCUAGCCGGCCACAGGGCUGUUCAACAAGCCCCCCCUGCUGUCGACGUCCCAUCGGCCAGUGGGCCACGUGUAGUGCCGGUCGUCGCCGCCCGUACUCCUGCAGACCCAAAGUCCGCAUUGUUGCGCGCCCAGCUGGGCGCACUAGCGUCGACUGAGAGGACUCAGCAGGCUUCUAGCUCUGGCUCUAAGCCGUCGUCGGCGAAUGUCGCACCACCCACCCAUGUGGCAGCUGAUGUGGAGAAGGCGGCGGAGAAGGGCGUUCGUGCCGCGCUUGCCACCGGCGGCGGCGCCGUUGAGGAGGUCCCCGCAGACGCUGAUAUCGCUGCCAUACAGGCCCAUCUGGAUGCAGCCAAUCCCCGAACCCUGGCCAUCUCCGACACUGAACAUGUGGAGCCUUCGGCGGGACUCGUCGGCAUCGCGGCAGAGCCUAGUGCGACCGGUGAUGCGGUCGGUGAAGGAAAGUCGAAAUGGAAGGGGAAGGCGGGCUCACAGAGGAAGACGCGGGAGAAGUCGGAGGUGAAGGCGGCGGAUAAACAGAAGGGGAUGGCGGCGGAGACGGCGGCGGACAAAGAUCGAGGCGGCAUUGGGGAGGUUGAAGGGAAAGGGGAGAAUAAGGAGAAGUCGCCCGGCGAGGGUACGUCGACGGGGAGGAAGGGGAAGGACAAGUCGGUCGGAGAAGGUGCGUCGACCGGGAGAAAGGGGAAGGAGAAGGCGGUCGGCGAGGGUUCCUCGAAGGGGAGAAAGGGAAAGAGGAAGGCGGAGGAGGAGGAUGAGGAUGUCGAGGAGGUGGAGGAGGUCGAGCAGGAGGAAGAGGAGGAGGAGGAGGAGGAGGAGGAGGAGGAGGAGGAGGAGGAGGAGGAGGAGGAGGAGGAGGAGGGGAAGGGCAAGGAGAGGAGGGGUCAUGGCAUCCAACACGAUACCUCGGGCGACAAGCAAGGGUGGGUCGGCGAGAUUAAGGUGCACGGCAUCAAUCGAUACAUCGGCAAGUCGCGGGACAAGAUGGAGCUCGCGUACGUUCACUCCAUCGCGUACGUCGUCUACGACGGUUUCGUGAGCAAGGUGCUCAUGACUGAGCUCACCGGCUUGGACAGCGCCAAAUUGGAGAGGUGGAAGGAGGUGUGGGAGGAGGUCAGGAUCUUGCCGACAGGGAUGUGGACGGUGAUGUGGGCCCGGGGUACGCUCCUUCCAAAGACACGGCUGACAGAGAUCCUCGACGCGUAUCGCCAUUACAAGUCCACAGGCGAUUGUCUCCACGCCGCGCUCCUGCCAGCGAUAUGGUACCCAGUCGAUGCUAGCACCGAGGAAGGCCGGGAGAAGUCGGCGUCCAUGAUGUCGGCGAUGAUAGGCCGCGUGUCAAUGUGCGCUGCAUAUGGGAAGACCGCUGCGGCAGCGGCGAAGGAGGGAGACAAGGAGGAGAAGACGGAUAUGGCGGCAUGGGCGUUAGCAGCAUCCGCAUGCGCUGUGUGGUGCUUCGUCGAGAACGGCGAUGCCCAGCUGGCGGAUGCUGUGGAAGAAGGGAAGUCGGCGGCGAUCAUCGGCGGAGCGAGCCAGGCGACCGCCGAUGUAUUCGGAAAAGUCAUGGAGGCGGUGCUGAAAGCCAAGAUGAACAGGGACCGCCCCCUGGGAGAGGUUGCCUACAACGUCGCGCCAGCACUCCAGAGGACCGCCCUUGAUAGGGUCUAUCCGGGGGGGAAUGCUGGAGUAGAUGCCGACGUUAUCGCUAGAGCGACGGUUGAGACGAUGGCGUUUUGGGGAAUGUGCCCCGUCGCCGGGCCGAAACUAAGAGCGAGGGACAUCGCGGUGCCGAUUGACGCGCAGAUGAAGGCCGAUCUUGACAACAGGGGGAGGAAGGGUCUGAGGGGCAAGAAGGGGACGAAGACCAAGGGCGGCACGGAGAAGGGCAAGAUGUCGAAGGACAUGACGACGGCCUAG